GCGCGUUCGCGGUUGGCUGUGGUGUUUUGGCCCACGCGUGGCACCGUAGCCUCAGUUUUAUGUGGCGUCCGCAGCCGGGAAACCCGGCUUCCAGGAUCUCGCGAGGCGGUCGGUGAUGUCCGAGGAGCAAGCGAGGCCGAGUGGAGGCUCGCCGCAGGCCGUCGCGGUGACUGUCAGGGACGUCCAGGAACUGAUAAGGCGCAAGGAUGAGAUUGAGGCGCAGAUCAAGGCCAAUUAUGACGUGCUGGAGAGCCAAAAAGGCAUUGGGAUGAAUGAGCCGCUGGUGGAUUGUGAGGGCUACCCCAGGUCAGACGUGGACCUGUACCAAGUCCGAACCGCAAGGCACAACAUCAUCUGCUUGCAGAACGAUCACAAGGCGGUAAUGAAGCAGGUGGAGGAGGCCCUGCACCAGUUGCACGCUCGUGACAAGGAGAAGCAGGCCCGGGACAUGGCAGAGGCCCAUGAGGAGGCCAUGAGCCGCAGCCUGAGUCAGAGUGAGGGUCUCAGCCCCCCUCAGGCCUUUGCCAGAGUGAAUAGCAUCAGCCCUGGCUCCCCUGCCAGUGUCGCGGGUCUGCAAGUGGAUGAUGAGAUCAUGGAGUUUGGCUCUGUGAACACCCAGAACUUCCAGUCUCUGCAUAACAUUGGCAGUGUGGUGCAGCACAGUGAGGGGAAGCCCCUGAAUGUGACAGUGAUCCGAAGAGGGGAGAAACACCAGCUUAGACUUGUCCCAACCAGCUGGGCGGGCAGAGGACUGCUGGGCUGCAACAUUAUUCCUUUGCAAAGAUGACUGUCCCUGGGCAACAUAAGAGGAAAGCAUCUUCCCUUGGCCUGGACUUGGGUCUAGUGGAGAUUUCCUCCUUCUAUUCUCUCCUUGAAGUAAAAGGAUCUGGAAGAGGCUGGAAGCCUGAGCAUCUAGGUGGUGGAAGUGCUGUGGUCUCCCAGUGUACUUAGUUGGAAUUAAAGCAUUGAUAAAAACUUGA